UAAGGGGGCAGGAAGAGGAAAUAGGGAGAAACACGACUAGUGGGAGCCGUUCCCUGCCCAGGAGUGGUGGAGAGUAUGGCCACGCUGCGUAGGCUUCAAGAGACGCCCCGGCAUCUGCUAGUCUGCGAGAAAUCCAACUUCCGCCACCACAAAUCACGCCACCAACAUCUCGUGGAGACGCACUAUUACAAUUACAGGGUGUCAUUUCUCAUUCCUGAGUGUGGGAUACUACCAAAAGAACUGAAAAGCCUGGUCACAGAAACUGGACCCUAUUACUCUGUGAAGAAUUUACCUCUUCAUGAAUUAAUUACACAUGAAUUCAUCAACACUUUUGUAAGGAAAGGUUCAUGCUAUGCACUGACAUACAAUAUAAAUAUUGACGAAGAUAAUACUGUUGGUCUCCUACCCAGUGGGAAAUUGAUUUUAUCCCUGGAUAAAGACACUUAUGAAGAAACUGGACUUCAAGGUCAUCCCUCUCAGUAUUCUGGCAGAAAAAGCAGGAAGUUCAUUGUUUCCAUUGAUUUGAUGGAUUCAUCAUUUACCUUGGAGUCAAAGAAGUAUAAAAGAAUAUGUUGGUCCUUCAAAGAAAAGAAGCCUUUGAAGUUUGAUUUCCUUUUGGCUUGGCAUUAUCCAGGUGCAGAAGAGUCAACAGUGAUGGCAUACUUUUCCAAAUACCAAAUUCAGAAGCAUCAUCCUAAAGUACAGCUGAACACAGUGAGUGAUUUGCAGUGCCCCGUGCUGCAGAGCGGCGAGCUCAGUGGAGAGCCAGAGUUGUCCUGCGCUGCCCCAGAGCUCUUUGACUGGCUGGGCGCAGUCUUCUGUAAUGCAGACCUAAAUAACGAGCCUAAUAAUUUUGUGUCAACCUACUGCUGUCCCCAGCCAAGCGCAGUGGUGGCCAAAGCUUGCUUGUGUACCAUCACUGGCCUCAUCCUUCCGGAGACGAUCUGUGUCCUGCUGGAACAGCUGUGUCAUUACUUUGAUGAACCGAAGCUGGCCCCGUGGGUUACCUUGUCAGUUCAAGGCUUUGCAGACAGCCCUGUUUCCUGGAGAGAGAAUGAGCAUGAUUUUCACAAAGGAGGUGAUCAUAUGUACAACUUUGUAAUUUUUAAUAACCAGGACUAUUGGCUUCAGAUGGCUGUUGGGACACUUGAUGAUUGUCCUCCUUAAGCAAUACAAAAAUGUUUAUUUAGUCA